AGUGAAUCGAACGCCUAUACGAGGUUAGUGUUUUUACAGUAAUGGUAAGGAAGCACCCAAGUUGGAUGCUAUUGGACCACGACAAAUGUGGAGAAUCAGCCUCGGAUCGUAUAAUAGGUGGUAAGAAUGCAUCGAUGGGAGCGUAUCCUUGGAUAGCAAGAAUCGCUUACGUCGAUGGUGCGAAAGAAACGGCCUUGAAGAAACCAGAGAUAGCUCACAGAUGUGGUGGAACUCUCAUUAACAAGAUGUACGUUUUAACCGCGGCUCACUGCGUAUCGAAUCUACCUGGCAAGUUCAGAGUGGUGGGCGUGAGACUCGGCGAGCAUAAUACGCGAACGAAUCCGGAUUGCGAGGGUGGAUUCUGCGCCGAACCCGUACAAGAUUUCAAAUCGGUCCAAAUAGUGGUACAUCGUAAAUACAAUAAUCCGAUGUUCAAAAACGACAUCGCGGUCAUAAGACUCGAUCGUCCCGUUCAAUACAAUGAUUGGGUGAAGCCGUUGUGUCUUCCGAGUGGUAAACUUCUCGACAAGGAUUUCGUAAACAGCGUGGGCGAAGUCGCAGGCUGGGGAAUAUCCGAUAUACACCAUCCGAAAUCUAGUGUUAUUCUCCAAACGAUCAAACUGCCGAUAGUCGCGACGAAAAAAUGCGCGACCGCUUUCAAGUAUCAUGCGAGUAUUGGACCAGAGCAGAUGUGCGUGGGUGGCAAGAUCGGAUCCGAUUCUUGCGGGGGUGACAGCGGAGGACCCCUGAUGAAAGUCGAGGAGGGCGAAUCGACCCCGAAGUACUAUUUAAUCGGUAUCGUAUCGUUUGGUGCCAAAUUGUGCGGUGAGACAACUACUCCGGCUGUGUACACGAGAAUAUCUCACUACAUCGUUUGGAUAUUGGACAACAUUUCGCCGUGAAUCUCCUCCCCGUAUCGACUUUAUUUUUAAUUCAUUGUCUCAUUGCUUAUGGACAUUUAUAAAAACGAACCGAUUUAACCGCUUGAGCAAUAAAUCCGACUGUGAGUUUUCGCCAAA